AUGACCAAGGUGUUCAACUUUGUUGAUCCUGCGAGAGGAGCUGUUGAUACCGCUGGUCAAGGAAUAAACGAUGGUGAAAGCUCUAUGGCAGCCUGGGAGUUCCAAAUGGCGCAAAACAUGGCCGAAAAACACAACUGGUAUAAGUUCAUCUCAAUGCAAGGCCUCUACAAUCUGCCUACCGAGAAUAGGAGCGCGAAAUGA